CGACGUCACUAGAAACAGCUAGCUAGCCAGUUGUUUUGGGAGAAGAAGAAAAGGGUUACAAGCGGAAGAAACACCGGAUUUGGUUUCGGAUAGUAUUCGUUUUAUGGUCCUGCUUUAGUUUUUUUUAAAUACAUUUUGAAUAAUGUCGACCCCGGCAAGGAGACGGCUAAUGAGAGAUUUUAAAAGACUUCAAGAAGAUCCUCCCACCGGUGUGAGUGGAGCACCAUCAGAGAACAACAUAAUGCUUUGGAACGCAGUUAUUUUUGGGCCGGUGGGAACACCGUUUGAAGACGGAACGUUUAAGCUGCUGAUAGAGUUUUCAGAGGAGUACCCAAACAAGCCUCCCACAGUUCGGUUUGUCUCCAGAAUGUUUCACCCAAAUGUUUACGCAGAUGGCAGUAUAUGUUUAGACAUCCUUCAGAACCGCUGGAGCCCCACAUACGAUGUGUCGUCCAUACUCACCUCCAUCCAGUCGUUGCUGGAUGAGCCAAACCCCAACAGCCCGGCCAACAGUCAGGCCGCACAGCUCUAUCAGGAAAACAAGAGGGAGUACGAGAAGAGGGUGACGGCCAUCGUGGAGCAGAGCUGGGUGGACGUCUGAGCUUCUCUCGCUCUCCCCCCCCACCACCGUCUCUUCAUCAUCCCAGUACUUCUACGGCUUUCAUUUUUACCUCAUCAAGAAUAAACCGCAACUAUAUCGGGAAAAACUCAAGUGCCACCCUGAAAAAAAAAAAAAGGAAGAAUAAACAAACAAACAUCCAGAACACCCAAAAGAGAAAGGACAUUAACUCGCUCGCCAAUACAUUUGAGAAAAACGAGGAGAAAUCAUCUUAUAUUUGUGUUUCUUGUCCUUAAUUUUACUUUUUUUUUUUUUUAUUGCAUGAUGUGAAAUAAGUUAUUGCUAACAGAAUUUGUAAUAUAUCUUUUUGUUGUUUGGUUGGAUUGAUGCUGUUAGUGUUUUGAGUUUUACAGAUUGUUUUUCCUUUUUUGUAAUGUUGGCGGGUGUGCACACAACUUGGCUGUUGGGGAAAGGGCAGGUUGAUGACCAAAUCUCUAUUUCUGAAGCAUACUGACCCUGAAAGCGACUUUCAGAGUCGGUAUCCUUGUUAUUCUCCGAGUCAGCCACAGAUGCAGCUUUAUAAAGAGCAAUCCCUGAUCUGUUACAUAUCUCUGUUAUUUUGAGAGACUGUAGGUUUGGGCUCACAGACGUCACAGGCUGCAACAGCGCCAAGUCUCCCUAGCCCUGAUGAAUCAUGACUCCCUGGCUAGGCAGCUCUGAGCUUUUAUUCCAGUCAUUUCUGCUCCGGGGUGGAAGAGUGUGUUGGAGAGGGAGUGUUAUGAGAAAGUAAAUAUUAACACCAGGAUGGCACAGGAUAAACUUGGACUGUGAAGCCCAAAGUGGGUUAGUUGAAAGGGACGCGGGGAUCCCGGCCGAGCCAAAGAAAUAACAUAUUCAUUGCAAUCAAUUAGAUUUUCCGAGAGUCAGUCUUCCCACUGUUGUCAAUGUGUCUUUCUGUGUUAAAUGUUAUCAAAGUAUGUAGAGCAUAGGAAGAUUUCCUUGAACGGUGGUGCUGUAUUGUGGUGCGUUCAUGGCUCACGGGACAGUGGAAGCUGUGAAGAUUACAGGCGAUCAGCAUGAAGUUGGUAAGAAAGGACGACAUAUUUACUUCUACAAUAUGUUCUCUUCUGCUCAUUUUCUAUAAUACACCUUUUUUAUUUCUCGGAAAAGAGAAGAUACUUUUAUUUACAACUGUUCUCAGCUCCCUCUCCCGACGGCUCAUCUUACCUUGUGUUUACAUGGUUUUCCAAUUUCAUCCGCCAAAAAAAAGCAAAAUUACUUUCAAAUGCUUUGUUGCCUGUGACGCGUGUCAGUGCUUUUGAUCCUUCUCUUGAAAUGACACAGCUGACAUGUAUUAACAAGUGAGCAGAGAAUAAAAGCAGUGCAGUCGAGUGCGUACGUUUUGUUUGAAAUAAACAGUUAAGAUGAUUGACAGCAAUCUGCUGCAGGGAAGACUUUACAGUGACAUCAACUGUUUUCCCAAAAGCUUAAGUUGUUUCCAUGCCUGCAUUUGUCUCAUUUUAUUUGUAUGUGAUACCCAAUUAAAACACCUUGAAUCUAAAGUUAGAACUUAACCCGGCCCAACUCCAGCUCAAUAAUCCAUGGAAGACAAACAAAACAGAGUUCCUCUUUGCUCAGACAGUUGAAGGUCAUAUUGUGGCUCGCAAAAUAUUUCACUUAAAAAGGCAGAAGGAAUAUGUUAAAGAUUUUGUGAAUUUAACAAAAGAAAUGUAUACUUAUAUGUAUGAACAUAAUAAAACACAUUUUUCAGAGUUUGA